UACAGGGGCGUUGUCGAGAGCAAAAAGCGAUACCUGCCAUUCCGAGAAGCUUAUUUCGCGUGUCUUCGUCGAGCAGAGCAGACGUCUAUCCGUCAAAGAACCAGCAGCAGCCCGUAGAGGUGGUGUGUGAGAAAAAAGGCCCCCCAGUGUGCAGUAACUUGUGUGAAAAUUUGUUCAGUGUUCCCCGAAUUCAGGUGAACAGAAGCGCCCGUUCUCCCCGAUUCGUUUGUGGUGUGUUACAAGUGCAAAUUAAUUUUUGCGUCCCUAAAGUUCCAAAUAAAACUUCACCUUCAAAAUGAGAGAAAUCGUUCACAUUCAGGCCGGCCAGUGCGGAAACCAGAUUGGAGCUAAGUUCUGGGAAAUUAUCUCCGAUGAGCAUGGCAUUGAUGCGACCGGUGGAUACCAUGGCGAUUCAGAUCUGCAGCUAGAGCGCAUCAACGUGUACUACAAUGAAGCCUCCGGUGGCAAGUACGUGCCCCGUGCCGUACUGGUCGAUCUGGAACCGGGCACCAUGGAUUCGGUCCGCUCGGGCCCAUUCGGACAGAUCUUCCGCCCGGACAACUUCGUGUUCGGACAGUCCGGUGCCGGUAACAACUGGGCCAAGGGUCACUAUACCGAAGGUGCCGAACUGGUCGACUCCGUACUGGAUGUCGUACGCAAAGAGGCCGAAUCGUGCGACUGUCUGCAGGGUUUCCAGCUGACGCAUUCGCUCGGUGGCGGUACCGGUUCCGGCAUGGGUACGCUGCUGAUCUCGAAAAUCCGUGAGGAAUACCCGGACCGUAUCAUGAACACAUACUCCGUCGUCCCAUCGCCAAAGGUAUCGGAUACCGUCGUCGAACCGUACAACGCUACCCUCUCCGUGCACCAGCUGGUCGAAAACACCGACGAGACGUACUGUAUCGACAAUGAAGCUCUCUAUGACAUCUGCUUCCGCACGCUGAAGCUGACGACACCGACAUACGGCGAUCUGAACCAUCUCGUCUCGCUGACCAUGUCCGGCGUUACCACCUGCCUCCGAUUCCCGGGUCAGCUGAACGCUGAUCUGCGCAAACUGGCCGUCAACAUGGUGCCGUUCCCGCGUCUUCACUUCUUCAUGCCCGGUUUCGCACCGCUGACGUCCCGCGGCUCGCAACAGUACCGUGCACUGACCGUGCCGGAGCUGACGCAACAGAUGUUCGAUGCCAAGAACAUGAUGGCCGCUUGCGAUCCACGACAUGGCCGUUACCUGACAGUUGCCGCCGUCUUCCGUGGCCGCAUGUCGAUGAAGGAGGUGGACGAGCAGAUGCUCAACAUUCAGAACAAGAACAGCAGCUACUUCGUCGAGUGGAUCCCGAACAACGUGAAGACCGCCGUCUGUGAUAUUCCGCCACGAGGACUGAAGAUGUCGGCCACCUUCAUCGGUAACUCGACCGCCAUCCAGGAGCUGUUCAAGCGCAUCUCGGAACAGUUCACCGCUAUGUUCCGUCGUAAGGCUUUCUUGCAUUGGUACACCGGCGAGGGUAUGGACGAGAUGGAGUUCACCGAGGCGGAGAGCAACAUGAACGAUCUGGUGUCUGAGUACCAGCAGUACCAGGAAGCGACCGCCGACGAGGACGCCGAGUUCGACGAAGAGCAGGAGGCUGAGGUUGACGAGAAUUAAGAGCUUGCUCUGUUUCUCGUGCUUCGAUAAAACCAUCCAGCCCCUUCUUCCUGUUGUGUCCUCCCCCCGCCCAUUCCUAUUCUUGUCUUCUCCCCCUUCUCAUCUCAACAUGCGCGAACCUUUCUCGUUCCCCUUU